AUGUUGUUGCAAAAAUCAAUUCUUUGUCAGGCUGAAGCUGUUGAAAUUAAGUUUAUCAAAACUACCAUUGAAAGGAUUGGAUUUGCAUUUUUAUAUGGACAGAGUAUUAUAAUUGUUGGAAAGUAUUUUCACAAGCGUCAUGCAUUAGCCAAUGGAAUUGUCUAUGCCGGUGGUGCUAUAGGUAUCAUGGCCUUACCACCACUAUAUCAACUAUUGAUCAAUAGAUAUGGGUGGAAAGGCACAAUGAUGGUAUUGUCUGGAAUUAACUUGCACAUUGUCGUGUGUGGAAUGUUGAUGAGACCACCACCACCACCAAAACACGACCCAGAUGCAACGUUGGAUACGACGAAUCCUGCACCGUUAACAAUGGCUGAAAGUAACGUGGUAUCCCAAGAUAUAUUUAGGGGUGGGAUGAAAGGUACACUGGAGGAGACAAACAACAAACAAUGUGAAGAUGACCAAAGUGAUGAGUUCGUCGUCCCCACUGGUGUUGUAAAUGGAAAUAACAAGAAGAAACCCAAGAAGCUACAAACAAAAAUUGCGGUUCGAUUGGGAUUACAUUUGUUCACUGAUUCUUGGUUCUGCAUUCUAUGCUGUACUGCAUUGAUGAGUGCAACAGGACACAUGGGAAUGAUGGGUCAUCUCGUGUCAAAGGCCGUGUCGGCCAAAAUUCACAAACUAGAUGCAGCUUUCCUAAUGACAAUCACUGGAAUUGGGGCACUAGUAGGCAGAGCCACUCAUGGCUGGUUUGUUGAUCUGGGACACUUUUCCCCAAUGUUCUUUGUAGCAUGUGCAUGGUGUGCUGCUGGGACAUCAAUGCUGCUGUUUAUGGUUGCCAAUGGCAACUACAUAGUGUAUGCCUGUCUAAGUGCAUCAUAUGGUUUCUUAAGUGGUAUAGCAAUUCCUUUAAAUGGUGCAGUGUGUAUGAAGGCAUGCCUGCCAAUUGACAUCUUCUCUACUGCAUUUGGAUGGUUUUUAUUAAUGCUUGGACUAGGAAACCUGCUUGGACCUGUUCUUGGAGGUUGGGUAUAUGAUGUAACAUCCAAUUACAAUUUGUCAUUUUUAUUGGCUGGUAGCAUACUAAUACUGACAGGACUUCUCAUCUUUAUGCAAAUCAUUCACAAAAGAUGCCAAAGGAAAGAACCGGUAGACAAGGAUGUAAAAGAAGAACCGCUUAUGGGAAUAUCUAGAAGCACUGAUACAGCGAGUGAAACUGAAAUACAGAAAGUUACUAUUCUGUACCGAUAA